AUUAAAGCAAUCAGAACUCUAUUAAGAAUCCUUGUGAUCUGAAUGCUCACAUUUUUAACUGUAACUUACAACAAAGAAUAAAUUUCCAUUGCAUAAAUUGCUAUAAAAUGAUACAAUUCAUACUUUUACUGCCUAUAUUUAUUGCGUGUGGCAUUGCACAACCAGUUGAAGAUUAUUAUUGGCCUAAAAAUGUGAUAACCGUUCCUCCAAACUGCCCUCCCGGACAGCAAUGGGUUAACGGAGAAUGCCGCGAUAUAUGGAGAUUUUUUGAAGUCAUGGAACACGUCCCUGAAGACGAGGAAAAUGAUGACGAUUUGGAGCCUAAUAAUAUGAUAAUAGUGCCAAACAACUGUAGACCGGGUCAGCAAUGGGUAAAUGGACAGUGCCGUGACAUUUGGAGGCAAAACGGUGUAAUGCCCUCGAACACUAUUACUGUUCCGCCAAAUUGUCCAAAGGGACAGGAAUAUGUUAAUGGUGAAUGCCGCGAAAUCUGGAGAAGUCCCUCCGUGCUAUUAGAAAAGCUUAUGGUCAGCGAUUUGGAUGUCCCAAAGGAACAAAAGCAGAUUGACGAAGAAAUGUCGGUUGACGCUGUCGAUUUAUUGGGUGAACCAUUGAAUAAAAAUAUUAUAAACAUACCAAACCAUUGUCCUGUGGGUUUUAAGCCCGACGCUUUAGGUUUUUGCCGUCCCAUUUUUGGUGAAGUUGUAUAAACGUGUAAAUUUGAUCAACGUAAUAAUAAAUAUAAUAUUAUUAUAAUCGCUUA